GUGUCGAUGCUCGACGGUCCGCCCGAUUUCGUUUUAGUCGCGCUUGUAUGGGCGUUGGAGCCACACGCGUUUCGCACGAAUUUCCGCAAAAAUCGCCGAAAUUUACGUGGAUCGGUGUCGAAAAAUGUCGCAAAACGCGUCAGCGAUGAAGAGGCAAAAUGCCCGGCAACUGCGCGAACGGAAGCAGAAGAAACUGUACUCGGAGGAUUGGGCUCUAGGCGACGACGACGACAUCGAGGACCCGCGGAGGACAUUCAAUCUACAGGAGAAACUGGAAGAUCCCGCGUUUAACGCGGCCGGGGUGGUCCGCGAGAUGCGGGGAGACGAGCUGACGGUUUCGUAUUUCCAGAGGCACGGCUUCAACACGCCGCUACUUUUUAAGGACAAGUCCGGAUUGGGGUUGCGGGUGCCGCCUCCGAAUUUCUCCAUAAACGACGUGCGAUUGAGCGUCGGGUCGCGUCGCGUGCUCGACGUGAUGGACGUCAGCACGCAAAAGAACAGCGAGAUGACGAUGAAAGACUGGCAGAAGUAUUACGAGGACCCGAACAAGGAGAAACUCCUCAACGUCAUAUCGUUGGAGUUUUCGCACACGAAAUUGGAGAACUAUAUCCAGAGGCCGACGCUGGUUAGGCAAAUCGACUGGGUCGAUUGCGUGUGGCCGCGGCACCUGAAAGAAAGCCAAACGGAAGCGACCAACGUUCUCGAGGAGAUGAAGUACCCGAAAGUGCAAAAGUAUUGUCUGAUGUCCGUAAAAGGUUGCUACACCGAUUUCCACGUCGAUUUCGGCGGCACCUCCGUGUGGUACCACAUCCUCAAAGGGUGCAAAGUGUUCUGGCUCAUCCCCCCCACCGAGCACAACAUCGACCUCUACGAACGUUGGUGUUUGUCGGGAAAACAGUCGGACAUUUUCUUCGGCGACACGGUAGAAAAGUGCGCGCGCAUCGUCCUUCACGAAGCUCAAACGUUUUUCAUACCGACCGGGUGGAUCCACGCGGUCUACACCCCCGUCGACUCGUUGGUGUUCGGCGGCAACUUUCUGCACUCGUUCGGUAUCGAGAAACAGUUGAAAAUCGCCCAGGUCGAGGACAACACGAAAGUGCCGCAGAAAUUUCGGUACCCGUUCUUCACGGAGAUGCUGUGGUACGUGCUGGAACGCUACGUCCACUGCCUAUUGGGCAAUUCGCAUCUGACCACAGGUCAAGACGCUCCAAUACCACCGGACAGGGCGCACAUACACUUGACUCAGGCGGAACUCCACGGUCUAAAGGAAAUAGUGAAGUAUUUACACAUGCUGCCGCCGAAUAGAAAAAAUUUGCCGGACCUCAUCAAGGACCCGAUAGCUUUAAUACAGGACGUCCGAACAUUGAUCGGACUGCACAGGCAGGACAACCGGGAAUUGGCGAUCACCGGAAAACCAAUACUUUCGCUGCCCGAGGAUCUGGAACACAAGAGGCUGGGCCACAUCCGCGGCCCGUACAACAAAACGACCAACCCCAACAGGCCCCUGAAACCUCCGUCGUCGUUCAGGGGCCCGAAGAAUUCGCCUGGAUCGGCGCCGGGCGACAAGGGCGGCCCUCGGAGAAGAAGGACAAGGUGUAAGAAAUGUUCGGCGUGCAUGCGCAGCGACUGCGGCGAAUGUUCGUUCUGCCUCGACAUGGUCAAGUUCGGCGGUCCCGGGCGGGCGAAGCAGACGUGCAACAUGCGGCAGUGCCUGCAGCCGAUGUUGCCCGUCACGGCCGCGUGCGCGCGCUGCGGUCUCGACGGCUGGAUGCAAACGCCGGUGGCCCUCCUUCAGAAAGGUUCGAUGCGCUGCGAGGGUGCCAGCUCCCUUAUGGAGUGUUCGGUGUGCUACGAGAUAGCCCACCCGGCGUGCGUGCAGCGCCUUUGUCCGGAUUUUACCGGUUACAUAAACGAGGACAUGCCCAACUCGUGGGAGUGCCCGCUCUGCUGCAAGCUCGGCAAGAACACGGACUACAGGCCGCGACAUUUCCGCGCGCGUCAAAAAUCGUCCGACAUUUUGCGGCGUACGAGCAUCAGUUCGGACGCUUCGAGCGCGUUCGACAAUAAGCUGCAGCCGGACCGUAGCGACUCGGAGGGCGAGAACGACCGCAAAGACUUCAAGGAACUGCUGCCGAUCAAGAAACGACGCUCGAGCGAGAACUCGGAGAUCGAGACGAAAGUGACGCCGCCGCCGAGUUGCAACGACAUCCGGAAGACGGCGCUGCGGACGCAGCUCGCGCAGCAGAUUGCCGGCAACAGCGCUAAAGCGCUGAAGAAACCGAUGAUGGUGGUGAGGCCAGCGCCGUUGAUCGUCCCCGGCCCCGUGGUGCCGACCAACAACCUCGCCCUCGACAAGCGGGUGGUUUUAAAGGUGUUCCGGUUCCUCAGUCCGGCGGACCUGCUCAACUGCGCGCUCGUCUGCAAAACAUGGGCCACGUACUCCAUCGACCCGUCACUCUGGAAGGUGAUGGCGUUCGACCGCAAACGCAUCUCGAGCGACAUGCUGAAAGGUACCGUUCGCCGUCAGCCGGAAGUGCUCAGCCUGAACUGGUGCCGCGUCAAUCACUUCCAACUUCCCUGGCUGAUCCAACGUUUAAACAACCUGAAACACCUUUACCUGCAGAGUAUCGACGUGAAGACCGCCAUUUCGUUACGCACGAACCAUUCGGCCGUCCUCCAUACCCUCGACCUCAGCUUCAUAUCCGACUUCAAUGAUCUGGCUCUGCGCGAGAUCAUCGGCGCGAAUAACGACGCGCGCGCAGGUCACGCAGCCGACAAAAUACGUUUCCGUAAUCUGAGGACGUUGAAGAUGGCGGGCACGGACGUAACUGACAUUGCGAUGCGUUACGUCACGCAGUACCUGCCGGGAGUGCAGCACUUGGGACUGAGUAUGUGCCCGCGCAUAUCCGACGCAGGCGUCGCCCAAUUGACCACGAAACCGGCCAACACAGUCGCGAUGCUGGUCAGUCUCGAUCUCAGCCACACGAAGCUCGUGACCGAGACGAGUCUGGAGCACCUGGCCAAGUGCGAGCGAUUGGUGAGGCUCGAUUGUCGCCACGCCCUAAGCAUAUCGACGCAGGCGCUGAUCAAGUUUGCCGCGAAGAGCAAACACGACCUUCAGGUUAGGGAUAUCAAGUUGGUAGACGUGAGGCAGAAGUAGGAGAUCGGGAGGAGGUCGAGGUUUGAAGACCGGCGGGGAUGAAGCGUCGGGAAAGGUUUUUUUUUCGGGGACGGUGAGAAAUUGCGGAUUGUUCGCGAGAGGGCCAAACAAAGGGAUAAAAAUAUUGGAAAAAAAAAAUACAAGGAAAUACAAUACAAUGUUUUUUUUUCUUCGUUGAUGUUAUAAAAAAUGAGAUAGCAGUCCGGAUCUCGUUUCGAAUGUUUUUGUUUAAUGUCGGAAUCGAUCUACUUUAACUGGAUUGAGAUUAUUAUAUUAUAUAUUAUUAUUUCUUAUCCAGUGGCGUACUUAAAUAAAAUGAAUGUUUUAAUUUUAGAGCGGUGUUACCCCGUGUCUGAGUAUCUCAAAAAAUGCAUUUUUUCUUGCGGUUGCAACCGUAUAUAACGGUUAAUAAUUUGUUUUUCCUAAAUAACUUAACACCAUUUUUUAUUUUAUGGGAUCGUUCCGCCAUUAGAAAGGAGAACCGGACAGUAUCUUAAGUUUUUUUGGUUUCUCCUACAAUUUAACGCAAUAAUAAUAUAAACGUAAAAAAAACACACUGGACAAAACCCGCAUCAGUUUUAGGUUGGGAAAAAAUCUAAAUGCAUAAAACGGGGGAAAGAAAAUCUGUGUAAAAAACAAUAAGAUUUUUUAAAGGAAAAACAAUUGAAAGUUGCUUUUCUACCAAAAUCGCGUUCUAGUUGCAAAAAAAAUGAAAAAAGUCAAUUAAGUUUUUUUGAAAUAACAGGACACGUCAAAAACGGAUUUUGUCUUCGAUAUUAAAUCUUAUUUGACUUCUUACAUAUAUUUUUUUUAAAUGAUCGAACGAAAUAAUUGAAGAUUUUUUGCGUCCCUAUUAUUAUCUAUCUAUUAUCUAGAUGGUGGUGAUUUCAGGGGUACCGAGUACCGACAAAUAAAUAAAUCUAUUUGCAUUAGAGCCCCCAAACAACUGGCAACAACUCGAAAAUAACCCGCAAUUUCUUGUUUACCCUCCGACCAAUUAUCGGGCAACCUUGUAUCGAAUGGCAGCUUUCUUCGGUCCGUUAUAUCGUUAAAAAAAUGCGGCGUUUUUAUUACUUACUCAAGGGAAAUUCCUUUCUCAUAGGACGCCAGAACCUUAAACCCCAGUGAAGUUUCUAAAUUACGUGCUAUCCUUGCAACGGGACCGUGAAAAAAUCAGACCUUCGGCUAUACGUGAGGAAAACAAGCAAACGGCUUUUAAAGAGUGCGUAUUUUGGCCCAAUCUUUUUAUCACCGCCGUCGGCCAUUGUGGUGACUGCCAAUGUUUGGAAUCCAAGAAUACCGACAUAAGUUUUCGUGGGUUUUUUUAAUUAUAGACGAUUUAACGGACUUCUAAUUAUUAAUCAAUAGUGUGCAACUACUGUCAAUUACUACUCGGCAAGCAUCAAAACUGGAAAUGAAAAAAGGAGUGAAAAUGAAAAUGUACCGUAUAAACUGAUUGUCAAAUCGGUUUGUUUGGUCCCGAAGAGGUAAAGCGUAUUCCGCGGUAAAAGGCGUUUGCUGGGUUUCCGAUCGUGUGAAUUCGCCUUCGCUCGCGAAGGUAUCUAUGCGCAGAUGGUACGAUUUUUUCGCUGGCGCCGCAGCGUGUAUUUGACACUCUACGGUCGAAAAUUGCCGGCCUAGUGUAGUGUGAUUCCAAAUGUUGCGAAUCGCCGUUUUGUUUAAAUCAUUUCCUUCUCGGUCGAUCGACUGUGGGUGUUUCCUUUUUUCUUUUUCGGCCUAGACGGCGGCACAGAACGUAUAUUAUUUUGCGUUGUUUUCACCAAAAUGCCUUUAGACGCUGUGCAUUUUGAGAAAUCAAAAUUUUACGAGUUCCCCGGUUAGAAGAACCCUUUCAAUUAUCUCUAUACUUUUAUACAUAUUAAUUUUUGUUUCUAUUAUUUACGCAGAAGGUGUAUUACCGUUUCUUUUCGUUUCAUAUUAAACUUAAACCAAAGUGUAUAUUUUUAAUUAGGUGUAUAUAAAUUGUGAUUAUUAGGCGACUUGCAGAGGGUGAAAAAGUUUUCGUUUCCGUGCGUGUUCUCUUCGUGUGUAUUAAACGUGACACCGCCCCCUCCCAAAAAAAAAAAAUUUGUUCGGUUCAACGGAAACGUCCAUUAAUUAUUAUUUCCUUGUUUUCGAAUUCGUCCGAAAAAAUGUCGAAUUUCCUUUAUCGGUGUGCAAUGAUUUGAGCGGUCUUUUUGGUUUUGUCCGUGUAAAAAGGAGUAUUAUUAGUUGUAGAUACUUUUUUUUUUGUUUUAUAAGGUUUAUAUAGCGAUUAUAUAUAAUAAAAAUUUUGUACGAAA